AUGAUUUCUGACGAACAUUACGAUCUUUGUCGUCCCAUUCUCGACGAUCCGACUAUAGAAGAGGAGGAUAAGACAGAGCGGUUGGAAGAGUUGCUGGGCAAGGUGCCUGGGCUGAAGGGUGCAGCCUUGGAGAAUGCCGUCCUUGAUGCCCUAUGGAAACAUCGAAAUGCUCAACGCGGAGAAACCGCCGAGACUCCCUUGCGACAUAAUGUCAUUCGCAAGUCAUCUCCCGCUCCCUGGCAGGCCAACCGUGCUCCCACGCCUCUAGGGUCGCCUCCUCCGCUCUCCUCCAGCCCCGCGCUCUCGGCAGGAUUCCCAGCCUCGCGGCCGAGUUUCUCUCGCCAGAAGUCCACCAUCCCGUCCCCCUUUGUAUCUCCUCGGCCUUCACCACGCCUUGCUCUGGCGCAACCGAUACCUCACAGUCCGAGCCUGAAUGCUUAUGAAUUUUCAGAUGCGAGUCCUGCCCCGGAUACCUACGGCGACUAUGGACACGAGAAUGUUGACUGGCUCCUGGCUGAUGAUUCUGCCAGUAAUACUUCCUCCACGGCCACCGGGGGCUUGAGCGCUGCUGCACCAGAAUGGGUUCCUCAACCGGAUAUGAGUCCCUAUGACAUCUUGCGUUCCGUCCUGGGCGACCGAAAGACGGAUGAAGAGAUCGAAGAGGCACUCAACAAGAACUCGUACGACUUAGGGGCUACCAUUGCGUCCUUGCUCGGAACGGACACUGCCGAUACGCAAUACACGGGAGUUCCGUCGAAUGAGAAUAGCGUCCUGGUCGGUAAAUCCAUGGCAGUCAACCAUGCCCGGCCUUCCACUCCUGGCGUGCAUAAGAACCCUAUAGUCUGCAAAUAUUGGCUUACGUCGGGCUCCUGUCUUCGUGCCGAUUGUCGUUUUGCUCACGACACUAGCGGUUAUCUAUGCAAAUACUGGAUGAAUGGAAAUUGUCUGGCGGGAGAUGCAUGCCAGUUCUCACAUGACCCCGCCCUGCUCAUCAAUCAUCUCACUGUUGGUGAAAGCCCUGCUGCUCCGCAGGCUUUUCAACUCCAGGAUCACUUUGAACAGUUUCCCUCGCUCAGCAACCAGAACCUCAGAAAUACCCUUCAAGCCGGUCUGGCGGCUGGAAACACCUUUGUUCCUGCCAAUCAAAAGAAUCGUGGGGCUUUGGGAAACUUGGGUUCUGGCCCUCGAUCUCAUUCUCGACCUACCUCGCGUCAUCAAAAUCGACCGGAGACGCCCUCAUCUUUGUCUAUGGACGACCCCGAAGCAUUUCCAACUUUAGGCUCUGCGAAACGGGGAUCCAAGCAUCAUGGCCACCGGUCAAGACAUGGACAUGGAAGUGCGGAGAAGGAGACGCCCUCUUCGCUUGCAGAUGUUGUUCGCAUGUCUCCGUCCCCGGCUAUUGGUCAACAGCGCAAAGGCGACCCAGGGCGCAAGAUCAGAACUUAUGGAGGCUCCGAGAGUGCGGCGGCACGCAAAAUCCCAGAACCGCAACAUAUCCCAUGGCUUGAGACAGGCGCCCGCGCAAAUCAGCAAUAUUUGAAGUACAGACAGGAGGCAAUCAAGCAUGGAAGCAUACGAAAUAAAUUUCUGCAAAGCGCGGCCCAAGCAUGGAACCGCAACGACGCCCGGGCUGCAAAAGCGCUCUCUCUCCGGGGCCAAGCCGAGAAUGAUGCGAUGCGCAAAGCCCACCGUGAAGCCGCCAAGGCCCUCUAUGAGGAAAGAAACAAACACCUGUCCACCUCCCCCGUCGACGACGACGAAGAGCUCUACAUUGACUUACACGGCCUGCAUCCCGAAGAAGCCAUCGAGUACCUCGAGGACAUCCUCCUCACCCAUUCCAAGAGAGGCAGGAGGAUCAUCUAUGCGAUAACGGGAACAGGACAUCACUCCAAGAAUGGCAAGGACAAGGUAGGCAAAGGAGUACGGAACUGGCUGAAUGAGUGGGGUUACACCUUUCGCGAGUUUAGUGUACCGGGCGAAAGGGGUGGAUAUAUCGGCGGCGUGCUGGGGAUCGAUAUCACGAGUCACAGGCGACAGCCCCUCUCCGCAGAAGAAAAAGCAGAUGGACAUGAAGAAGAGACAUCGCCGACGCCGGCUAUAGCGACGGCAGUUGGAAGUGGAAAGAUCCAGGUGCUCAAGCGCGAGGAAGUACCUGCGUAG